AUGACCGGUAUCGUUGAAUGCGCUGACGUGUAUGGCGAGCUGCACCAAACACCCAUAGCGGAGCUGCAGUGGCGUCCAGCAGCCUACGGCAUCGUGAUCAAGGACAAGCAGGUCCUGCUUGUGCGCCAAUUUGGUGGCGAAUACGAUUUGCCUGGAGGUGGCGUCAACAUUGGUGAAGAUCCAAAGACAGCGGUGAUGCGUGAGAUUAUGGAAGAGAGUGGCAUCGAAGCAAAAGACCCUGUGCUACUCGGCAUGGAGUCAUCCCUAUUCAGAGCCUCUCACUCCGACAACAAAUCCUACCACAGUCUGCUUUUUUACUACAACUGCAGCUAUGUGUCUGGAGAGAUAUCCAUUUCGCAUCUUGACGAGGUCGAAAGGCAGUAUGUCGACACCGCUGAAUGGGUUCGAUUGGACCUAAUUGACAGCAUUAAAGUUUCUAGCACAGUUGACUACAGGCCGUAUAUCAAGCAAGCUUUUUCCGAGAUGUAG